CAAUGGCUGUUCACUCGAAAUUCGACUGUCCAGAAGCGAUUUGGAAGUAAAUUUCUUCCAGGGAGAAGCACUGGUAAGAUUUCUCCAGCGACAAAGGCUUAAUUCUUGAGCUAAUUAGAAGAAGAGCUUAACGAAGCAAGUUUAUCUGCAAAGCAAGUAGUUUCUGCUAAUGCGAAUCAGAGAUAAGGGGAGCGGAAAUAUUGGGAAAGAUUGUAUCUUAGGGAUCCAACAUUUGUAUCCUCCGCCAUUGGACUGCUAACAUGUCUCAAACCAACUGGGAAGCUGAUAAAAUGUUGGAUGUGUAUAUUCAUGAUUACUUUGUUAAAAGAGACUUGAAGGCCACUGCACAGGCUUUCCAAGCUGAAGGAAAAGUAUCGUCUGAUCCUGUAGCUAUUGAUGCUCCCGGUGGUUUUCUCUUUGAGUGGUGGUCUGUGUUUUGGGAUAUAUUUAUAGCCAGGACGAAUGAAAAGCACUCUGAAGUUGCUGCAUCUUAUAUUGAGACGCAAUUGAUGAAGGCAAGGGAGCAGCAGCAGCAACAGCAGCCACAUCAGUCACAACAUCCACAGCAGCAGCAGCAACUUCAAAUGCAGCAACUUCUAUUGCAGAGGCAGGCUCAGCAGCAGCAGCAGCAACAACAACAACAACAGCAGCAGCAGCCACAGCAGCAGCAGCAGCAGCAACAACAGCCACACCAACAACAGCCACACCAUCAGGCACAUCAACAACAGCAGCAUCAGUCACAUCAACAGCCGCAACGGCGUGAUGGUGGCCAUCUUCUGAAUGAUACUUUGAAUGGGGCUGUUGCAAAUGAUCCUUUGAUACGACAGAAUCCUGGCACUGCAAAUGCAUUGGCGACAAAAAUGUAUGAAGAGAAAUUAAAGCUUCCUGUUCAGAGGGAUUCUUUGGAUGAUGCUGCUAUGAAGCAAAGAUUUGGUGAUAAUGCGGGCCAGCAUAUGGAUCAAAAUCAUGCAUCAAUCUUGAAAUCUGCUGCAGCAGCUGGCCAGCCAUCUGGGCAAGGGUUGCAUGGCACUUCUGGUGGAAUGUCUCCCCAAUUUCAAGCUCGAAAUCAACAAUUUCCUGGUUCUACACCAAACAUCAAAACUGAAACAAAUCCUAUCAUGAAUCCUAGAGCCACAGGCCCUGAAGGAUCACUAAUUGGAAUUCCUGGUUCGAAUCAAGGUGGAAACAAUUUGACACUGAAGGGAUGGCCUCUUACAGGUAUUGAUCAGCUUCGGUCUGGGCUACUUCAGACAAAGUCAUUCAUGCAAGGUCCUCAGCCUUUUCAUCAACUACAGAUGUUGUCACCUCAGCAUCAGCAGCAGAUUAUGCUUGCACAGCAGAGUUUGUCAUCCCCAUCUGCUAGUGAUAUAGAGAACAGAAGAUUGAGAAUGCUUUUUAACAAUCGGAGUUUAUCCAUGGGGAAAGACGGGAUAUCUAAUGCAGUUGGUGAUGUAGUUGGUAGUAUGGGAUCCCCUUUGCAAGCUGGUUGUGCAGUUUUGCCGCGUGCAGAACAGGAGAUGCUAAUGAAGUUGAAAAUGGCACAACUGCAACAGCAGCAGCAACAACAAAAUAAUAUUCAAUCCCAGCAGCAACAGCUUCAGCAGCAUACAGUCUCUGGUCAGCAGCCUCAGAGUUCAAGUCACACUCUUCAGCAAGAUAAAAUCAUGGGAGCUGGUAGCGUCACUGGUGAUGGCAGCAUUUCAAAUUCCUUUCGAGGAAAUGAUCAGGCUUCAAAAAAUCAGGCUGGGAGAAAGAGAAAGCAGCCUGUAUCUUCUUCGGGCCCCGCCAACAGCUCUGGAACUGCAAAUACCGCUGGCCCAUCUCCAAGUUCGGCUCCAUCAACACCCUCAACUCACACCCCUGGAGAUGUGAUGUCGAUGCCUGCUAUGCCGCACAACAGCAGUUCCUCCAAGCCUUCAAUUCUAUGUGGAGCUGAAAAUACUGGUACUUUGACAUCACCAUCAAAUCAAUUGUGGGAUGAUAAAGAGCUUGUGUCUGCUGAUAUGGAUCGUUUUGUGGAUGAUGUGGAAGAUAAUGUGGAGUCUUUCCUGUUGCAUGAUGAUACUGAUCCUCGAGAUGCAGCUGGUCGCUCUAUGGAUGCUAACAAAGGGUUUACAUUUAUGGAAGUAAGUGCUGUUCGCGCGAGCCCCAGUAAAGUUGACUGUUGCCACUUCUCAUCGGAUGGGAAGCUGCUUGCUAGUGGUGGUCAUGACAAAAAAGCAGUUUUGUGGUACACUGAUACUUUGAAGCCAAAGAUUACGCUUGAGGAACACUCAGCUCUUAUUACAGAUGUUCGCUUUAGUCCAAGCUUGGCUCGUCUUGCCACAUCAUCUUUUGACAAGACUGUCAGAGUUUUUGAGGCAGACACUCCUGGUUACUCGCUUCGAACCUUCACCGGGCAUUCUGCUAGUGUAAAGUCAUUGGACUUUCAUCCCAACAAAGAUGAUCUCAUCUGUUCCUGUGAUAGUGAUGGUGAGAUACGAUACUGGAGUAUCAACAACGGAAACUGUGCUAGAGUUUUCAAGGGAGGCACUGCCCAAGUCAGGUUUCAACCCCGUCUUGGAAGAUAUCUUGCAGCUGCAGCCGAAAAUGUUGUGACAAUACUGGAUGCAGAGACGCAGGCUCUUCGACAUUCAUUGAAGGGUCACAUAAAACCAAUUAUUUCUAUCUGCUGGGACCCCUCCGGAGAGCUUUUGGCAUCUGUUAGCAAUGAUUCAGUGAAAGUUUGGACAUUGAGAUCUGGAAGUGAAGGGACCUGUUUACAUGAGCUCAGUUGCAACGGCAACGACUUCCACUCUUGUGUUUUCCACCCUACAUGUUCAUGGCUACUGGUUAUCGGUUGCUACGAGACAUUGGAGCUCUGGAACAUGAAUGAAGACAAGAGGGUGUCACUCAAUGCACACGAAGGCUUGAUUUCAUCAGUGGCCGCAUCACCGGCAGCAGGGUUGGUUGCUUCAGCGAGUCACGACAAAAUUGUGAAACUAUGGAAAUGAUUCCAAGGUUUUAAUGCCUUGUUUUCAUACUACAUGCUGUUUAUGGAUUAUGAUAACCCUGCUUCUGCUAUGUUUUGAUCAAUCUCCUGGGGAACUCAGAAAGGGUUUAGGCAUCUGAGAAUUAUGUAAUGUGGUCAUAACUGUAUUUAUCUGUUGGAAUUAAGACUUGUUAUAUUUGCCUAGGUGGUAGAUUUGGUUCUGCACAAACACAGGUUAUGUUAUGGUAAAUUUUCAUCUAAUAGUGUGGAAGUAACAGAGGGAAAAGCAAUCAAUAUUCAGCUAAAAGUUUCA